AUGGCAGAGCUUUGUGUGCGCUCUGUUCUGGUGACUGGGGCCAACCGUGGCAUCGGCCUGGGGCUCAUCCAGCAUUUCCUGAGGAUGCCAACCCCACCCCAGUGGGUCUUUGCAGGAUGUCGGGCCCCCCAGCGAGCACAGGAGCUGCGGAAUUUGGCAUCCAAACAUUCCAACCUGGUCAUCGUCCCUCUUGAAGUUGCUGACCCUGCCAGCAUCAAGGCAGCUGCAGUCAGUGUUGGUGAGCGCCUGGCGGGCUCUGGGCUGAACCUCCUCAUCAACAAUGCUGGAAUUUCCAAGAUUAAUUCGAUUGACACAGAGACGCUGGAGGACAUGACACAGGUUUACACUACCAACACAGUUGGGCCCCUGCUGCUGGGCCAGUCAUUCCUGCCCUUGCUGAAGAAGGCUGCCCAGGAGAGUCCAGGCUCAGGGCUGAGCUGCAGCAAGGCAGCCAUCAUCAACAUGUCCAGCUCUGCUGGCUCUAUUAAGGAUGUCUACGUAUGGGAACUGGCACAUGUUAUCUCAUACCGCUGCAGCAAGGCUGCUCUGAACAUGCUUUCCAAGUGCCAGUCCUUGGCGUACCGGGAGCAUGGCAUCCUCUGCGUCGCUUUCCACCCUGGGUGGGUGCAAACUGACAUGGGAGGCUCAGGAUCAUAUAAGCCCCCCUUGACAGUGGAUGCCAGCGUGGGAGGCAUGCUGAAGGUGCUGUCCUCCCUCUCUGAGAAGGAGACUGGGACCUUCCUGGACUGGGAAGGGAAGGUCGUGCCCUGGUGA